AUGCGCGAAUCAGUGAUUCCAAUCGUGAAGAGCCAGAUCUCGGGAGUGGCUGCAUUCGGAAACACAUCGAGUCUGCUGGUCACUUUCGACAAGGUGUCGGAGCGACUUCUCCCCCAACCGCCUCUUCCUUCCACCGGCAACACGAAGCCGCGUCGGUUCUUCGCUCAGGGUGCCCUCUCGCACGGCUUCAUGGACACCAACGACGAGCGACUACAGUUGCUUCAUCAGGCGCGUCGGGUGAAACCCAAAAGCAAACCUCGACCACAGGCGACCGUAGAGGAGAAGAAAGCUGUCGCGACAGUCGGAGAACAGGCUGAUCAACCUAACGUUUUUCCGAAAGCCCAAACUACCAUUUCACCGAAGCUGGAAACCACCGAUCCGACGAAAUCAGCGAUUGAUCCAGAGGCACAAAAGGCUGAACGCAGGAAACGACGACGGGAAGAGAGGAAUCGGGGAAAACCGGGUCGAAGGCGACGAGACAAGCGCUCCUCUUUCUUCUACUAUCCGAUUUCAAAAGACCCUAUCCCGGGUCAGAACAUGCUGCUCGAAUGUGCAGGGUGUUCACUCCAGUUGCCCACCUCGCCGAUGGCCCCAAAUUCCGCCACGCGUUGGCUCGUGAUGGCAAAGUCUUUGGAGAAGUCGAGGAUAAACGGCACUGUCGGUGCGCCGAAUUUGCAGGCAAGAGAAAUGAAUAAUUGCGAUAAAAUCCGGUCCUGCGCCACACUGGGAACAAUAACAUCUCUGAUGCCGUGGCAGAAGGAUACUCCGGGGUUUCGUGAUGCCCUACGCGACAUUCGCAACAUCCCAAGGGCAAUACUCUGCAACCCCAAUACCAAGGUUGAAUUGAACUUUGAUGGCUUUCAGCGUAGCGAGCAGACGACACCACCACCAUUCCCUCAGCGCUAUCCCAUUCGAACUAGCUGGAGCCGACAGGGGUGGGCGCCAUGGCAAAGAACCCCCAACCCCACAUGGAACCUGCCCUCUCCCUUUGAAGGCCUCUUUCAGAAUGACGCCGGAAGCGCGGCCGCCUCAGCUGGAAACCGCGAAAAAAAGAAGCGCCGAAGACAGAUGCAGAGGCGGCGGAAGAACCAAACGAAGAAUACUAACCAACGAACCGGUGAUGCAAAGAAGUUGAGGGAGGAAGAACGACGUCUACGUAGGAAGGCCAGAAAAGAGCGGCUGGCAAGAAUGACGCCUGCACAGAGAAUGGCGUGGACUGCGCGGAGACGCGCUCGACGAGCGCGACGGAAGGAAUUGGAGUCCCGGAGAAGGCUUCAACAGCGGCCACACAAUCUGACAAACGGCACCAAUAGUUCGCUGCUGUGA